ACUGGGGGCACUGGGGGCACUGGGAGCACCGGGAGCACCGGGAGCACUGGGAGCACUGGGGGCACUGGGAGCUGGCAGAGGAGGUGCUGGCUUCUGCCAGAGCUGAGGCCCAGCACGCUCAGCUCACCGGUGAUGGAGAGCUCAGCCCAUCCCCAUCCCAAACCCCACAUCAUUCCAAUCCCUUCCCAUCCCAAUCCAAAUCCCGUUCUCAUCCCCAUCCCAUUCCACCCCAAAUCCCUCCACAUUUCCAUCCCCAUCCCAUUCCAAUCCUUUCCCACCCCCAUUCCACACCAUUCCCGUCCCAUCCUCAUCCCAUUUUUGCCCCUAUCCCAAUCCUCAUCCCAUGGGACCCCCAUGAGCAGGGCUGGGGCAUCGCAGAGGGGUCGCAGCCACAUCUCAGAGCGGGGAGGACAAACCCGGGAGCAGGGAGAGGAUUCCUGGAUCCCGGCAGCCCGGGAAGGGCGGCAGAGCCGUUAUCAGCUCCGGGACGGAUCCGGCCGCGGCCCGGGGCGCUGCGCUAACCGCGUUAGGCGGGAUGGAUGAUGGAUGGAGGGAUGCGGGCUGGAUGGAUGGGGCCGUCGCGGCUCCCCGCCGCCCCCCCGGGCCGGGCAGGGAUAAAAAGCGGCGGCGGCGGGGCAGGAGCCGCAGCCCCUCGCCAUGAGCAGCCCAGCCGCGCUCCGUGAGGGCUACGAGCACUUCGACCCCCGCGCGUACCUGCGCAACAAUUACCUCCCGCCCCGCGCCGACUUCUCCUCCGAGGAGUUCGUGGUGCCCUGGAAGCUGCGAUGUUUGGCCGAGACCUUCGCCAGUGGUGAGAUCCACGGGCGGACGUUGAUCGAUGUGGGCUCGGGCCCCACCAUCUACCAACUGCUGAGUGCCUGCGACCACUUCGAGGAGAUCGUGGCCACCGAUUACCUGGCGGUGAACCGGGAGGAGCUGGCCCGGUGGGCGCGGGGCGAGCCUGGAGCCUUCGACUGGAGCCCCUUCAUCCAGCACGUCUGCAAGAUCGAGGGGCGCGGGGAGCCGUGGCAGGACAAGGAGCGGCGCCUCCGCCAGCGCCUCCGGCGGAUCCUUCCCAUCGACGUGCACCGCCCGGAGCCUCUGGGGGCCCCGCUGCGCCCCCCGGCCGACGCGCUGCUCUCCGCCUUCUGCCUGGAGGCCGUGAGCCCCGACCGAGCCGCCUUCGUGCGGGCGCUGGCCCACGUGGGCAACCUGCUGCGCCCGGGUGGCCACGCUCUGCUGCUGGGGGCCCUGGGCGAGUCCUUCUACCUGGCGGGCGCCGCUCGCCUGCCCGUGGUGCCGCUGCAGGAAUCGGACGUGCGGGAGGCGCUGGCGGCCGCGGGGUUCGCGCUGCGGGAGCUGCGGAGUUACGCGAUGCCCCCCGCGCUCCGCACCGGCGUGGAUGAUGUGGACGGGGUGUUCUUCGCCCACGCGCAAAAACCGCUGCAAGCCUGAGGGGAACCCUCGGGAAAGGCCGGGGAAUCUCCCCCUGCCCGGCGG